UUACUCUCUAUCACAGACAAAACCCCACACACUUGUUUUCUCCCCAAAUUCAUUCUCUUGAGAGAGUAAUCGAAAAACAAAAAAAACGAACCCUGAAAAAAGAAAAGAAAAGAGAGAGAUUUUUGAAGAAAAAUGAAGGAAAGAGGAAAAACAAACGCACAAGCGAGUGUAGAUGAUAGAUACACUCAAUGGAAAUCACUUGUACCUGUUCUUUACGAUUGGCUUGCGAAUCAUAACCUUGUUUGGCCUUCUCUUUCUUGCCGGUGGGGUCCCCAGCUAGAGCAAGCUACUUACAAGAAUCGACAACGUCUUUACCUUUCUGAACAGACCGAUGGUAGUGUUCCAAAUACUCUAGUUAUAGCUAAUUGUGAAGUGGUCAAACCAAGAGUUGCAGCUGCGGAGCACAUAUCACAGUUCAAUGAGGAAGCUCGCUCCCCCUUUGUCAAGAAGUACAAAACCAUUAUUCAUCCUGGAGAGGUCAACAGAAUCAGGGAGCUGCCACAGAACAUGAAGAUUGUUGCUACACAUACCGACAGUCCUGAUGUGCUUAUCUGGGAUGUUGAUGCUCAACCUAAUCGCCAUGCUGUCCUUGGGGCUUCAGAAUCACGACCAGAUUUGAUUCUAACUGGGCAUCAAGAUAAUGCGGAAUUUGCGCUUGAUAUGUGCCCAACUGAGCCUUUCGUAUUAUCUGGAGGCAAAGACAAGUCAGUGGUGUUGUGGAGUAUUCAGGAUCAUAUAUCUGCUGCAGCAGUAGAUCAAGGAUCUGCAAAAUCUCCAGGGUCUAAAACACCCUCUAAAGCUGCUGGUGAAAAAGCUUCUGAGAGCCCUUGUAUUGGACCACGUGGUAUCUACCAAGGGCAUGAUGACACUGUUGAAGAUGUGCAGUUUUGUCCAUCAAGUACUCAAGAGUUCUGCAGUGUGGGUGACGAUUCUUGCCUAAUUCUUUGGGAUGCUCGCACUGGCACAAGACCAACUGUCAAGGUUGAAAAGGCUCACAAUGCUGAUCUGCACUGUGUUGAUUGGAAUCGGCAUGAUGAAAACCUUAUCUUGACCGGGUCGGCUGAUAAUUCGGUUCGCAUGUUUGACCGUCGAAAUCUCACCGCUGAUGGUGUUGGAGCCCCUAUAUACAAAUUUGAAGGACACAAAGCAGCUGUUCUUUGCGUUCAGUGGUGUCCAGAUAAGGCAUCAGUAUUUGGCAGUGCUGCAGAGGAUGGCUUUUUGAAUGUUUGGGAUCAUGACAAGGUUGGUAAGAAGAAAGAACGUGUUGGAACGAGAAUGCCAAAUUCUCCUCCGGGCUUAUUCUUCCAGCAUGCUGGUCACAGGGAUAAAGUUGUUGACUUUCACUGGAAUACAUCUGAUCCAUGGACAAUUGUUAGUGUCUCUGAUGAUUGCGAAAGCAGUGGUGGUGGUGGGACAUUGCAGAUAUGGCGCAUGAGUGAUCUGAUUUACAGGCCAGAGGAGGAGGUUCUGGAAGAACUUGAAAAGUUCAAGUCACACAUACUUGCUUGUUCAUCGAAAUCUUGAAGUAUUAUCAGUGUCUGUGUAUGAAACCGUGAAAGCCAUGAGAUGCACUCACAACUUUAUCCUCUCUAGCAAGAAAACAAAGAUUUUAUUAUGGAAAAAUUAGGUCCAACUCUGUAGUUAUGAACUUGCGACACUGAUGGUGAUUAUUGUGUUUUGCAUUCGACUUAAGUUUUUAGAGAGAUUUGAAAUGCUUCAGUUGGUGUUGUUUGUAUCACCUUCUUUUUUAACCAUCACACUUGUUAGUAGCCUUUAAAAUGAGACUUUAGCUCUCUUUUCACACUAUCAUUCGAUUUUGUUGCCACCAUCAAUGAUAUUCUGUAUUAAAGAAAGUAACAGGGAUUGCGCA